AUGGCAGCCGCUGUCACCCGUUUCCUCCUCCUAGCGCUCCACGUUCUAUCGGCCGCUGGCUACCGUCAAUCCACGGCCCGUGGCGUCAGUUGGCUAGAAAGAGGCUCCAGCGUUCUCGUUCGCCUCGACGUCCCUGAUCUCCCUCUCUGGAAUCCGACGGAACAGAUUGGAGAAGAUGUUCCCACAGCCUUAGUGCUCAACUUCACGCUUACCCCUGACCGACGCACUCUCCUGCUCCAAGAUAAACCCAUCUUCCCAUUACCAAAUCCACAUAUCCCUCCGCAACUCGUGGCACCCCAGACCAAGCAGACCACGGGGAGAUUAAAUCGAGGGGAGAUUGCCAAGCUUGACGAUUAUCCAUUGUUCGCUCUCGACUAUGGGCGCCUCGUUUCUCCUCGGGACGACCCUUCUAUCCAUUACUAUAACCACUUUCCCACCUUGACCAUCGACUUGCUCGGCGCUGGAAUUGCAGGGUACGACACGUUGUUAAAAGACCCCAACCAGGGCAUUGUAAAUAUCGAGCUGCGAGGACAUGACAACGCCCGCGGGGACUGGACCCGCCGCUCAUAUGAAAUCCUUGACGUCAAAAUCACAGAUCGGACUUCCCGUUAUCAGUGGACUUGGGAUAUGGCGUGCUACGCUGCUGAUAGUCGCCAUUGCCAGCAUGGUACUUUCACCUCUGAUAUACGGGAUGUAUAA